GGGCUCGUGUCGCUAAGGAGCGGGGGUCCCGGGCGCCGCGGGCAGGUGGUGGAAGCAGGGCAGGUGCACGAACGGUGUUCUGCUUGUCGCCAACCACCUCCUCUACAUUCCCGCAGCCACCUCUCGGUGGCUUUGAUGGUGGACCCUGCUCCUGGGGAGAAACUGAACGGGACAACCUAGAAAGGCUGAAGUCGGCGGAGAGGAAGAGAGAACCGAGUGUUCGAGUCUAAAGGGUAGCCAGAGAGCUCAUCCUUCCCUCCCACGGGUUGGCUUCUUUGCAAACACUGAGUCAUUAAGGAGCUUUUCGCACACCCUGGCUACCUCCUCCGGCUUGGUCCUAUGGGACCCCUGAGUUAGCGAGUUGAUGGCUCGAGGUGUGGUGGAGUGGGCGGGAGCCUGCGGCCUGGAACCUUCUACCUUGCUUUUUGCAACCCCUUCAGCCUUUGGAGCUCCCCCUUUGGGAUCGGCCCACGGCGUUCAAGACCCAGGGGCCCGCAGCUCCUCUGGCGUGGUGGAUGGCCCAGGAGUCAAUAGAACCUCUAAAGGAAGAAGUCUCAUUGGUAAGAUUGAUGACUCAUCUCAGAUCUCUGGGAAAGGAGUUACAGUGGAACCAAGCUUUUCCGUGGAUGAGUUUUCUGCCUCCAUCCUCACUGGAAAACUGACUUCUGUCUUCCUUCCAAUUGUCUACACAAUUGUAUUUAUGAUUGGUUUGCCAAGUAAUGGUAUGGCCCUGUGGGUCUUUCUUUUCCGAACAAAGAAGAAGCACCCCGCCGUGAUUUACAUGGCCAAUCUGGCCCUGGCAGACCUCCUCUCUAUCAUCUGGUUCCCGCUUAAGAUUGCCUAUCAUAUACGUGGCAACAACUGGAUUUACGGAGAAUCUCUUUGCAAGGUUCUCAUCGGCUUUUUCUAUGGCAACAUGUACUGUUCCAUUCUCUUCAUGACCUGCCUCAGUGUGCAGAGGUAUUGGGUUAUCGUGAAUCCCAUGGUGCAUGCCAGGAAGAAGGCAAACAUUGCCAUCGGUGUCUCCCUGGGAAUAUGGCUGCUGAUUCUGCUGGUUACCAUCCCCUUGUAUGUCGUGAAGCAGACCACAUACAUUUCAUCCCUUAACAUCACGACCUGUCAUGAUGUUUUGCCUAAGGAGGUGUUAGUGGGGGACAUGUUCAAUUAUUUCCUCUCUCUGGCCAUUGGAGUCUUUCUCUUCCCAGCCUUCCUCACAGCUUCUGCCUACGUGCUGAUGAUCAGAAUACUUCAAUCUUCUGCCAUAGAUGAAAAUUCAGAAAAGAAGAGGAAGAGAGCCAUCAAACUUAUUGUCACUGUCCUGGCCAUGUACCUGAUCUGCUUCACUCCUAGUAACCUUCUGCUCGUGGUGCAUUAUUUCCUGAUUAAACACUGGGGCCAGAGCCACGUCUACAGCCUGUAUAUCGGAGCCCUUUGCCUCUCCACCCUCAAUAGCUGCAUCGACCCCUUUGUUUAUUACUUUGUUUCACAAGACUUUAGGGAUCACGCAAAGAAUGCUCUCCUUUGUCGAAGUGUCCGUAAGGUAAAGCGAAUGCAAAUAUCCCUCAUAUCAAAGAAAUCCUCCAGGAAAUCCAGCUCUUACUCUUUAAGUUCAACCACCGUUAAAACCUCUUAUUGAGUUUUCUAUUAAAACCUCUUAUUGGGUUUUCCGUUAAAACCUCUUAUUGAGUUUUCCAGCUCUUCCAAUGGAAGUUUUACAGGAGAAUUUUGGGCCUGCUUAAUGUUAUGGGAAUGUUUCUGUUGUUUUCUAACCAAGCAGGUCUCAUUACAUACCAUGUAUAUGCAGCACCUCUCAGGAUUGCUGGAAGUUUCCUGUUUGCAUGACAUAUCCUCCAAAAUUAACACAGAUACCAUUUUCAGAAUGCCUCUACUCAGAUGCUCCCAGAACUUACAGAAGCAGACUUUUUAAAAAGUGGAAAAGAAACAGAAACCCAGUGAGUUGCAAAAACUAGUCUUGGCAUGAAGACUUAAGUUUUUAGCUCAAACUACAUUUCUUGUACAUCUUGGUUCAAUCACAGACUUGUUAGGACUUAAGGGCCCUCAGAGAUGAUCAGUCCAAUUGACUGAGUUGACAGAUAAGAAAACUAAAGAGUUAAAGGAGAGCUACCCAGAGUCAAGUUUCCAACUAAUGGCAGCAAGUUAGGAUUGGGCAGCAGAAUUUGAAUUGUUAGUGGAGUUCUUAUACCAUCUCAUCGAAAUCACUGAGGAUCUUGUUUUAAAAUGCAGGUUCAUCAGACUCAGGAAUGAGUUCAGAGUCUGGGAACAGGGCCCAGGAACCUGCAUUCUCAAAAGCCUCUGUGUGAUGCUCACACUUACCAAGGUUUGUGAACCACGUGUCUAGGUGCUGCUUCCACUUGACAAGGUGCCAUGGUAGUUUUUGAAAAGGGAAGCAGACAGAAUGCUUUGUUGCUCUUUUAUGUUGAGCUUAUAAUGAAAUCUGUUUGUUGACUUCUUGGGUAUUUCAAUUUCUUUAUUAAUUCUUUGAGCUUUUAUAUGUAUCAUUGUCACUUUGAGGAAAAUACGAUGAGGAUUUUAAACACGGAAAUACAAAUUUUGUGUAACUUUUUACUGACUUAAGCAAAAUCUUCGGAUAGUCUUGAAUUUUGAAUAGGAUUUACCACUUAGUAUUUUAAGAAAUUGUUAGACUAUUUAUUGCCAGUUUUAUCCUCUUGUUAUCAAAUAAUGAAAUUCUAAAGUUGUCACUGGUUUUAAACCACAUCUCUUUGGAAAAGAACUCUGGAAUAGAUAUGAUUUGCAAUAUAUUUAAGAGGUACUUGACUCCAAACUGACUUUGUACAACUCUUGUAUUUGUGACUUUUUGAAAUAAUUAUUUUAUCAUAUGAUUUGUAAAUAACACAUGACUUGUUUUUUACAACUUAUUUCUGAAUCGUUUGUGUAUGUGGUGUGUGUUUGAGGGAAGGAAAAUAAGGGAAACGACACCAUCACUCUUCUGAGAAGAAACGAUGUGAUAUACAUUUUUAUAUAAAUAGGGCCUUCUGUACAUAUUGCUCUGUGAUAAUUGUUUUUCAUUUACCCAUAUUUUAGGAUUCUUUCUAUGUCUGCAUUUAUGGACUGACCUUCACUUUUAAAGGAUACAGAAUAUUUAAUAUUUUGAAUACAUUGUGAUGUAGUCAUUUUCCUACCUAUGGUUCCCAAAGUCAUCUCCCCUGCCCCCAUUAAAAAAGUGCUCCAUUGAA